AGAAAAAGAGAAGAAGGAUGAAAGCAAGAGACCAGAAAUCAUUUCCAUAAGAAAGGAUUACUGGAAAAGGAAGAGAAGGAGAGCAAGAAAGGAAGGAAAGCAAAAUACGAAGAGAGAGAAGAACAAUGGCUUUUUUCUGCUAGUAAGGGUUUUCCUGUUUGAACUCCAUGCUUUUUUGCUUCAAUCAUCAAUAUGAAGAGCUGUUUGAGUCUCAGUCGUCGAUGUAAGGAGUAUUGGUCUCACUGUCGCAUCUUUUUUUGCAAGCCAGUCUUUUUCAUCUCAGGUUUGAUAUUGAGCCAUGCCUUCGUGGAGAAUGCUGUGAUAUUCCCUUUUAUCACAUAUAUAAUGGAUAAUUGGAAGAAUCAGACUCUUCCAAAAGCUGCAGCAAUCGUGAAUGUACAAGAAGGCCUUUCAACCUUUUUCAGGCUUAUUAUUGUUCAUAUAGCAGAUGCCCACAUGGGUUAUUUCAAAAUUGUGGCUUUCACCACUGCUUUAUACAUUCUUGGAUUGGUGCUAUUGAUUUUUGCUCCUCAUACUGGAUUAUUACCAAUGUUGCUAAUGACAGUGGGCAUAGCAGGUCGAGGCCCUAUUCUAAAACCAUUUCUCGCAAAACACGUAACCAACACUCAAGAACAAAAUGCAGACAACGUUGUUGAUAAGGACCAAGUUGUUGCCCGAACAAAUGUGUGGUGGUCUGUAGUUUGGUUUCUGGGUGCUGUAACAUCUGUGAUAAGCUUAUUAGUUUUUCCUCUCGAAUAUACAGAAGCCUUCAAAGUUUCAACAGCAAUUAUGGGAGUUGCUUAUGUAUUGUUUUGGUCUGGCUUCUUCUGUUAUGACCUCCACCAUGAACCAACUGAGUGUCUGUUUUCCAUUGUUUUCAGAGUUUUUAAGGUGGCUGUGUUGAAAAGGUUUCUAGGUUACCCUACUAAUGGCAGCGUCUAUUUCGAGGAAGACAGCAAUGAAGUACUUCUAUUGCCUCACAAUCCAAUCUUCAGGGUGUUCAGUUGCUUAGACAAAGCUGCAAUUCCUGAAACAUCCUUUCCUGAUCAAGAAAGGCAGCAAGGGAAGCUUUGCACAAUAGAAGAAGUGAAUAGAGUGAAAAAGCUUUUGGGAUUGCUACCUAUGUGGACAACCUUACUCAUCUAUGCUCUUGUAGAGGCGACAGGCUCCACUUUCUUCAUUGAGCAAGUUGACAGUUUGAAUCCUAUUAAAUUCUUUGGCUUUAAAUUACCUAUAAAUGCUUUCUCUGCACUUGAAUCACUGGUCAGUUUCACAGUUCCAUACUUGUUUAAUCUUUUGAUUCCUAAGCACUGGAACAAAAACAAAGAAAAGCGUCAACUUAUAGUACUCUUGAGAAUUGGCCUGGGGAUGAUGUGCUCAAUAUUGUGUUGUGUUGCGGCUUCCAAGGUUGAGGUUCACAGAUUGAACUCUAUUGAUAAUUUAACUUCAAUGAGCCAGUUUUGGCUAUUUCCACAGUUUAUAUUGCUUGGAAUCAUGGAAGGGCUGGUUCGUGAUGGGCUAUGUGAAUUUUUUUACAGUCAAGUAGAUGAAUCUAUGAAGCAUUAUGAAUCAUCAAUGAACGAUUGUGUUUUGGGUAUUGGAAAGUUCUUGAGUGUGAUCUGUGUGGUUACAUUCAAAGAUUAUUUUGGAGAUAGUGUUGAUGAAAGUCGCCUUGAUAAGUAUUACUUUAAGCUAGCUGCACUAAGCUGUGGCAAUCUGUUGUUUUACGUGCUGGUUGCAUGCAUAUAUUCAUGGAAGGAAUCCACUCCCCAGACUGUGAUGGAUAUUGAAGCUGGUAAUGCAGAGUCAGCGAUUGUUUUGACUUCCACAAGCUCUGAAAUAAUUAAUAAGAUGAGAGAUAAUCUGUAUAAGAGGUGGCGCUCCCUUGAAGAAUAUGAUGACAUGGCCAGCAAUAAGCUUCUCCUGCGGUCUCGCACAUUUCAGUAAUGCAAGAGCAUAGGUAUCAUUUAGUUCAAUUUUUCUGUAGUUGAUAUUUGCCAUUCUAGAACAACAAUUCUUAGGUGGAUCGAUACACCAUAAUUUUGAAAUUUUACUUAGUAUAAGUGAAUUCGAGUUA